GCCGCCUGUGAGCAUCUCCUCCUCCUCCGUCCCUCUUUCUCUUUCUCUAUCAGUGCAGUCCGUCUCUGCCUCUUUCAGUAUCUUUCUGAAGACGCGGCUCGCGCCUCCAACCUAAACGUCCUGCUGUCAUUGAGGCGAACAGUGUUCUCGGGGUGCCAUGUUGAGGCUGAUCUUCUUGGCCGCCCUCGCCGGGUUCAGCCGGGCCAGCGAUGUGCUGGAGUUCACGGAUGACGAUUUCGAAAGCAGGAUUGGAGACCAUGAGCUCAUCCUGGUGGAGUUCUUUGCGCCCUGGUGUGGUCAUUGUAAACGGCUCGCACCCGAGUACGAGGCAGCAGCCACACGUCUAAAAGGCACCGUCGCGCUUGCCAAGGUUGACUGCACAGCCAACAGCAACACGUGUAGCAAAUACGGCGUCAGCGGAUACCCAACCCUGAAGAUCUUCAGAGAUGGAGAAGAAUCUGGUCCCUAUGAUGGCCCCAGAACUGCAGACGGGAUCGUCAGUUUCCUGAAGAAGCAGGCAGGCCCAGCUUCAGUGGAGCUCAAAACUGAGGGAGACUUUGAGAAGUUUAUCACAGAUCAGGAUGCCAGCGUUAUCGGUUUCUUUGCUGAUGAUAAGAGCACAGAGCAGGCAGAGUUCCUGAAGGCUGCCAGCGCCCUGAGGGAUGACUACCGCUUCGCUCACACCAACGCUGAGGCUCUCCUCAACAGCCACGGUGGAGAGGGAGUCGUACUGUUCCGUCCGCCACGUCUCAACAACAAGUUUGAAGACAGCUCGGUGAAAUUCAGCGAGGACAAGUUCACCAGCAACAAGGUCAAAAGAUUCAUCCAGGACAACAUCUUUGGGAUCUGCCCCCACCUGACAGAGGACAACAAAGACCAGCUGAAAGGAAAAGACCUGCUGGUGGCUUAUUAUGACGUCGACUACGACAAAAACUCCAAAGGUUCCAACUACUGGAGAAACAGGGUGAUGAAGGUGGCUAAAGGCUUCCUGGAUCAGGGGAAGAAGAUGACCUUUGCUGUAGCCAACAAGAACCAGUUCAGCCACGACCUGUCUGACUUUGGUCUGGACGGCGGCUCAGGAGAGCUUCCUGUCGUGGCGAUCCGCACCGCUAAGGGAGACAAAUACGUGAUGACGGAGGAGUUCUCCCGAGAUGGAAAAGCUCUGGAGCGUUUCCUGCAGGACUACUUUGAUGGCAAGUUGAAGCGCUACCUUAAAUCAGAAGCAGUCCCAGAAGACAAUGAUGGACCCGUUAAGGUUGUGGUCGCUGAGAACUUUGACGCCAUCGUCAACGAUGACAGCAAAGAUGUGCUCAUUGAGUUUUAUGCGCCGUGGUGCGGACACUGCAAGAACCUGGAGCCCAAAUACAAGGAGCUGGGAGAGAAGCUGGCCGACGAUCCAAACAUUGUUAUUGCCAAAAUGGACGCCACAGCGAAUGACGUUCCAUCGCCAUAUGAAGUCAGCGGAUUCCCGACAAUCUACUUCUCCCCUGCUGGACGUAAAAUGAACCCAAAGAGAUACGAGGGAGGUCGUGAGGUGAGCGACUUUAUUUCCUACCUGAAGAAGGAGGCCACCAACCCUCUAGUUGUCCCAGAGGACGCCAAGAAGAAGAAGAAGAAGAAGGAUGACAAGGCAGAGCUAUAAAGGCUCCAAC